AUGUACGCCGCUCAGAAUAUAACGCCAACAGUUUUGGAUGCCAUGAACGGAAAUGUUUCCGAAUGGUAUAACGAAUGCGACAAUGCCAUUAGAAGGUCAGAAAUAGUUCCUGGAACUUACGAAUAUACAACUGCUGUUUCUUAUGGAAACGUAGGUGAGUUUGGAGAAGGUUCUUCAACAACAGUAGAUAUUGCUUGCGACAGGUUUCAUAUUAUUUCUAUUGACAACUCAUUCUUAUACGUGGAACAAGACAUUGAAAUAAAACCUUCUGCCAAGUUGUCUGACAAGAAAGGUUGCAAUGGAAUUUUCUAUGUCGGAUACCAAUAUGCUCCAGAAGUUUUCAUGGGAUAUAAGAUAUAUUCUAACUCUGACUUAGUUCAAACAGUAACAUGGGCAAACUAUGAAUGGUUCGCUUUGAGAAACUCAGUACAACCACAAGCUAGAGAACAAACAGACCAGUAUGCAACUAUUGAGAAAAUAAGAAGACUUGACCCUAACGUUCCAGGAGUUUAUGUUAACCUUUCUGGUUCAGAUGGAACUGCUGCCACUAAAGUAAAACUGAAACUUAGAGUUCCUUUGUCAUCUUUCCUCAUCUUCAGGUUUUUAAGAUACUUGCCAAACUGGGCAGGAAAAAUUUCUAUUGAACUUACUCCAAGCAAAAAUAACUUAGUCAUUGCACCAACACAAGACCCAUUCACUCUUACAGACGUAACGGGAACAAAUAAAACGUCAUUCGCCGACUUUUGCAAAGACAAAGUUGACUUAGACUUUGGUUUCUCAAACCUCAACACUGA